CUCAUAGUCCAACCCCCAAAUACAUCUUGUAUUUAAAUAAUUGAAGUCCUGUUUGAUAUUUUCUUAUUCAGAAAAAACUGUCAUAAAGUUUCCCCGUCUACAAAGUCAAACACAUCACCACAUAUCACCUCAGGAACAUUCGUAUUCCCUACCCCACCAUGCGUCUCCCAUAUGCCCCAAACAGCAAGGAAGGUCUCGACGAGGAGUCUGCAGCAAUCUAUGACCGCAUAGCUGCUCGUCGGGCCCCUCGCCCGCUCCAGCCCCUGGAUCUCACCUUGUUCCGUUCGCCCAACGUCGCAGAUGGCUGGAACAGCUUCCUCGGCGCCAUCAGAACCAAGACUAGCUUGCCAGAUGAUAUCCGCGAGAUUGCCAUAUGCCGCGUUGCUGUGCUUAACGGUGCAGCAUACGAGUGGCUCAGCCAUGCACCAUUGGCUAAGAAGGGUGGGGUCAGCGAGGAGGGGAUGAAGAGCUUGGGCAACCCUGAAGUGGCAGGAGCAACGAAGCGAGAGGGGUUUAGUGAUAAACAAUGGGCUGUUAUUCGCUAUACGGAUGAGAUGACGAGGAACGUGAGGGUCCCCGAGGAGGUGUUUGAAGAACUGAAGAAACUGUUCUCGGGACAGGAGGUUGUGGAAAUCACUGCAACGGUGGCUGCAUAUAAUUGCGUCAGUAGGUUCUUGGUGGCGUUAGACGUGGGGGAGCAUAACAGCACCGAGAUGACGGCGCCGCAAUAAGAUUCAGAUACGAGAAUCUUCACGGACACAGGGAUGAGCUGAGGUCACAAAGUGGGCGAGCUUCGAGACCGCGGAAAAGCGGAGUCCAUAUAAUUGUAUGGCCCACACUGGGUCCAAAUCAUCAACUCGGUCUCUAUAUUUCACUGUGAAAUAGUGUCAGGCCCUAAGGCAACAGUGUGAGAAAGCUUCAUUCAGCUUUAUACAGACUUGUGCACGGCUUGCAGUGGAUUAACGCACAGUUCAAAGGGCAUUUUUUGGGUUUUCACAUCCCGCUACUAUUCUAAUUACUUCUCAUAUCGAAUUAAAUAUUCAACUCCAAGAGACAGGCAUUCUUCGUAUGAUAUGACUUUCAGAAAAUCGACGGCGGGAAUCGUUCGGUUUAAGGGCCAUGGCAAACAGCAGCAAAGUUCAGA